CAUGCCUGUUAUUUUUUAUCGUAUUCUUAAUUAUGUAUCUUCAUUAUUUAGCCCCACUAGCUUAAUUAAUAGAAAUUACCAGUACAAAAUAUGGCAACAGUCAAGUGCCUCACACGUCCAGAAGGAGGAUUUUCAUUUGAAAAUUACACAAGGAACACUUUUCUUGAGAAUAAAGGACUUGCUCUGCCUCGAGCGGUAAAAACCGGGACAACUAUUUGCGGCCUCGUCUACGCUGAUGGAGUAAUUCUUGGAGCUGACACUCGGGCAACUGAAGGAAAUAUCGUUGCAGAUAAAAACUGCUCCAAAAUUCAUUACAUUUCACCCAAUAUUUACUGCUGUGGUGCUGGGACAGCUGCCGAUACUGAAAUGACAACACAGAUGAUUUCAUCGAACCUAGAACUCCACCGACUCGAUACUGGACGCGUCACCAGGGUUGCAACGGCUAAUAGAAUGCUAAAACAAUAUCUGUUCAGAUAUCAGGGUUACAUCAGUGCUGCUCUUGUACUUGGAGGUGUUGACUACGCAGGGCCCCAUCUCUACAGCAUACAUCCUCAUGGGUCAACCGAUAAGCUGCCGUAUGUUACUAUGGGUUCUGGAUCUCUCGCUGCAAUGGCAACUUUCGAAGCUAGAUAUGUUCCUAAUAUGAAGAAACAAGAAGCUAUGCAGUUGGUCAGAGAUGCAAUAGCCGCAGGAAUAUUCAAUGACCUUGGCUCAGGGUCAAAUGUUGACCUCUGCAUCAUUAGCAAAGGAAAUAAAGUGGAAUAUUUGAGACCGUAUGACAUUGCUAACGAGAAGGGUGUAAGGCAAGGGGACUAUCAAUUCAAACCUGGCACGACUGCAGUUCUUUCUAAAGUUGUCAAACCGUUGAAAUUUGACGUCGUUUCUGAAACAGUGCAAGAAGAAAUGGACACAAGUUAAAGCAGAAUACUAAACUGACUUAUAUUUAGGCUGUUAUGUCUGGGAAGGUUCCAAUGUAAAGUAAAACUGUUUGGCUGUAUAUAGGAUUGGACAUACUCGAAUAGUUCGUGUUAUAGGAUUCUGUCUUUACGUUAAUUUUAAUUUGAAUCCUGUCAAUGUAGUAUAAAUGUGCUUUCUGUGCAAAAAUUGGCAAAUUUUUUGAAUAUUGUUCAUCUCAAAUUUAGUCAGCAGCCACAUUUUUUGCAAAUGCCCAGUUGUAAUGAUACUUGGAUUGGCUAGUUUUUAUAUGUAGUGUUCACCACAAGUUUUUGUGAUCUGGAAUAGAAGUAUGUGAGAAUAUGACAAUAAUCUUUGUGC